ACCACCGAGUCCAAGACCAAGAAAGCAGCAGAUCUCUCCCUCCACCUCCCAAACCCCACCGCCGCCGCCGCCGAUCGCAUCGGCGCCCCAUGGAGAACGUCGUCACCGACGCGCCGCCACCGUCCCGCUUCUCCCCCGACGACCUCGACAAUUUCGCCGCUCCCCCGCCGCAGCCCACCCCUAUCCUCGUCGUCUCCCCCGCCAACCCUAGCCCCGCCCCGGGCCUCCUCAUCCUCCUCAUCUCCCCCACCUCGCUCGCGCUUCUCCCCCACCUCUCCUCGUCGCCGCCGCUUCACGCCUCCCUCCUCCUCCCCGAGCUCCCCCUAGAGCGCUCCCACCCGCCCAUCCGCGUCUACCUCCACGAGGGCGCCCUGCUCGCCGCGGCCCACGGCGCCGUCCCCGCCCAUCGCGCGCGGGCCGUCGCAAGGAGCCUCGUCUCCGCGCUCCAGCCCGAGGAGGUGCUGGUGCUCGACGCGGUGCUGAGCGGGUCCUACAGGGGCAGGCUCGCCGCGGACGAGCCGGUGGAGGGGAAGCUGGAGACCAGGGCGGCGCGGAUGCGGGGAGGCGUGAGCGCGGCCAGGGGCGUGGCGACGCUCGCCCCACCCGGGAGCAUGGUGGACGGGCUCGGCGCGGCGGUGAUGGCGGAGUGCGAGAUGCGGGGGAAGGCGGCGAGCAUGGUGCUGACGUGGCCGGAGGGCGCGAGGCCCGUGGAGUUCGGCGUCAUGCGGCGGGUGGCGGCGGAGCUCGGCGUCGAUCCCGCCCAGGCGGCGGUGGGGAGGGUCUCCGGCCGGGCAGAGCUGGACGCGCUCUACACUUGAAGAGUUUUCCUCUCAUUUCUGCUGUGAUUUGUGUUUCACAUUUGCUGAGUGGUGUCAUGAGUUGUGCUAAUGGAGAAAAAGGAUAUAUGGGAUUAUAUGACAAAAGAGAGACGAUUUCGUUGUGUUUGAGACAAUAUUCCAUAUGAAUUAUUUUGAUGUAAAAGAUACUACAUCGUGUAUUCAUGCUGGUUAUUUCUGAAAAUUCGG